GAGACGCUAGAAAGUAGCGAGCGCACUUGGAGUAGCCUAUGUAGUAAGCUGGGAAGGGGAAAGUGUCCAAGCCCAUCUCAGACGUCGCGCCUUACAACAUCGUGUAGGAGGAGAGGAGACGGGGAGGUCUAGUCGUUGCCUACUAGCAGCCCUUUGCCGUGAAGCAUGGAGGUCUAUUGCUAAAACAAUCACGGAGAGAUACGCGCUGAUACCCUCCAUGGCUGUGGACGCGGCCUCCAGCUUCAGCUUCUGCCGGCCGGGCCUGGAGCACACCGUGUCAGCCGAGGAGCUGAGCUACCAGCUGCCGCGCAAGGCCGGGGGCAACCUCACCUGGCACGACGGCCGCGGCCAGAAGACCGCCGGAGGCAGGACCGUCAAACUGCUCCAGCAGCCCGGCACCGAGGGACUCCAGCUUCGUCCAGGGGAGGCGUUUGCGGUGUACCACACCAGCCCCACGCUGUCCAGCCUGUCCAAGCCCGUGGUGCUCUGGACACAGCAGGACGUCUGCAAGUGGCUGAAGAAACACUGUCCCCACAACUACCUGACCUACGUGGAGGCCUUCGCUCACCACGCCAUCACCGGUCGAGCGCUGCUCCGCCUGAAUGGGGAGAAGCUGGAGCGGAUGGGCAUCGUGCAGGACACCCUGAGGCAGGAGGUGUUGCAGCAGGUGCUGCAGCUACAGGUGCAGGAGGAGGUGCGCAACCUACAGCUGCUCAGCAGAGCAUCAUUCGGGAACCUACCAUAGCUCCACCACCCAUCCCAUGUGGCAGUGCUCUCCUCGCCCUCCACAGAGCACCUGGGCACCUGGGCAAGCCUGAUACCUACCGGACAACAAUGGACCCUCAUUGGACAGCAAUGGAGGAUGUGGAUGAGGAGGACAGGAGAUCUCUUUUCUUUUCUUCUUCUUCUUCUCCUUCUCUCUUCUUCAUCUUCUUCUUCCACAACGGCAGGAGGAGAUGGUUGCAUUCUUGUAGAACCUUGGACAGAGGGCGAUCCAAGCUGGUGGACCUACUCCGUUGUUCUGCCCAUUCUGUGUGCCAAGCU